AUGAGUUUCGGGUUCAGCAUCGGUGAUUUCCUUACAGUCAUCGAACUCGCGAACAAAAUCCGCAAAGAAUUCGUUGGUGCGCCAUCCCAAUUCAAGGCCAUUAAUGAUGAAGUCCGGAACCUCUCGUUCGUUCUGCAAGAUGUCGAAGUCGACUUGUCCGGCAAAGAACUCAGCGAUAACCAGAAGGCCGAACUGCAAGCGAUCGCAGAUAGCUGCCGCUGCGUCCUCGAUGAGAUUUACGGAGAAAUCAGCACCUACAGGGUGCUGGAAUCUGACCAUAUCACCGGCCUGCGUAAAGUUGUACGGGUGUGGAAACGAUUGAAAUGGGAACCAGAGGAUAUCCAAGACCUCCGGAACCGCAUCAGCAGUAACGUUAGUCUCCUCAAUGCUUUCAAUGGACGCAUUACCCGGGGUAAUGUCGCUGGCCUAUUACAACGCCAGGAUGAUAGGGAGCGUCAGGAGAUUCUGGACUGGCUCUCUCUGAAGAACCAUGCUGCGCAACAGAGUGACUAUCUGAGUCGAAGCCAGCCUGGAACGGGGCAGUGGUUUAUUGACUCCCACGGCUUCAGAGCAUGGCUUGAGAAGCCAGAGCAAACCUUGUUCUGCCCCGGUAUCCCUGGAGCGGGCAAGACUACCCUUAUGUCCUUGGUCAUAGACGAGCUUCACAAACGCUACGGAAAUGAUAUUGAGAUCGGCAUUGUGUUUAUCUACUUUAAAUUCAAGGACGAGUGGACCAUGGACCGGUUGCUCUCUACCCUGUUGAAACAGUUGGCACAGAGACAACAGUCUAUACCAAAUGAUUUGAAAGACUUAUACAACAAUCACCAUAAACAUGGAACACGGCCGCCUCCAGAAGAAAUAUCAAGAUGCUUACAUGCUAUCGCUAGCUCGUAUAAGAAGUUGUUUGUUGUCAUCGAUGCACUGGACGAAUGCCAAUCCGCAAUCGAGUCACGCGACAGCAUUUUACCCACUAUCUUCAACCUUCAAGCCCAAUCUCAUGCAAGUCUCUUGGCCACUUCAAGACCCAUCCCAGAGGUCAGUGACCAGUUCAAGGGAGUGCCUACUCUAGAGAUAAGGGCACGAAGCAAAGAUGUACAGAGAUAUCUGAGGGACAACCUAGGACGCCUUCCUAGGUUUGUUUCGCGAGAUGCAGGACUUCAGAAUGAGAUCGUUACAGAAAUCGCAGAAGCGGUGGAUGGAAUGUUUCUUCUGGCCCAACUUCAUCUCGACUCAUUGGUCGGAAAAAUGUCGCCCAAGGCUCUUCGAAACGCCCUGAGACAACUUCCCACAGGAACCAAUGCUGUUAACUCGGCAUAUAGGAAUGCGAUGAGCCGGAUCGAAGGACAAGUGGCCGAUAGGGUUGAAUUGGCUAAACAAGUCCUGUCAUGGGUUGUAUGUGCGAAACAGCAGUUGACUGUCUUGCAGCUCCAACAUGCCCUUGCCGUCGAAAUCGGCGAAACGAACCUCGAUCAGGACAAUUUUCCCGAAGUCGAGGAUAUGAUCUCUACAUGUGCAGGCCUGGUCACCGCUGAUGCACGAGGUGGCAUCGUUCGACUAGUGCACCACACCGCGCAAACAUACUUUGAGCAAACCUGGAUGGAUUGGUUCCCUGACGCUCAUAGUAAAAUAGCCGCAACCUGCAUCACGUACCUCUCAUUUGAUAUCUACAAAACCGAGUUCCAACAAACCCUUAGUAUGGAGCAACUUUUUGGAUUCUUCGAGUUGCAGCUAUGGGAGGCAAUGCAUUGCCAUAUACAGCAAGGAAGCCAUGAACUGGUCCUGAGCCUUCUGCGAGAUAAGACAAAGUCCGCUGCAUGCGGCCAAGCGUUGGCAAUUAGAGAGGCAGAGUUCUGGUGCACAUCCUCUGCUCCUCUGCAUAUAUCGGGGGCUCACCUGGCGGUGUAUUUCGGUUUGGAAGAUGUCUUGCAGGGCUUGAUCGAAACUAGUAGCCAAGCAAACACCCCAGACACCAAUGGUGAAACUCCAUUGUCAUGGGCAGUAAGAAGGGGCAGUGAAUUUUAUGUCAAGCUCCUUUUAGAGAAGGGCGCAGACCCAGAUACUAGGGAUAAGCAUGAUCGGACGCCGCUGUCACGGGCCGCAGAGCAAGGCUGUGAGACCAUGGUUAAACUUCUUCUCGACAACUGUGCUGAUCCAAGCAUUGUGGAUCGCAACGGGAAGUCGUCACUGUCGUGGGCUGCAGAGAAAGGCCAUGACGACGUGGUCAGACUUCAUCUAGAGAAGAACGUCGACUUGGAGUCGAAGGAUAAGGAUGGCCAAACACCAUUAUCCAGGGCGGCAGAGAAUGGCUACUCGGCAGCAGUCGGUCUCCUUUUGGAAAAAGGUGCUGAUCCAUUUGCAAAGGAUGAUAAAGGGAAAACCCCUAUCUCCUGGGCAUUUGACAGUCGGGAUAAGCCGACAGUCAGACUCCUCCUUUCUACUUUGAGUAUUUUUGUAGACCAUAAUGGAGGCGCGGGAGACUCAUUGAUCCUGAGACCUGGCGCAGAUAUUUCUACCCUUGCAGAUGCCUUAGGGGAUCUGAGAGUGGGCGUGAAACAAGUAAAGUUCACGCGACUUACAGAGAGGCUGUACAGGACUCCUGUAGGAGGGCAAUGGCUAUAUAUUCAGUUGGACAGAUAG